AGCAUGUAAUAUGACAUAGUAUACCUGGUAAACCAGCAGAAAGGGUAAACAUAACAACAUGGAGAUUAAAAUAUACACAUGAGGAGGAAGGGAUUCAGUUUGGUUAGAUGGUACACUGUGUGACUCAUUAAAAUACAUGAUAUCCUCCUUUAAGUAAACAAAGGGAUUUCAGGCCACAGAAUGUGGAAAUUCGAUCCUUGGAAUCUUUACCAUCCUUCAGUUAUUUGAGACUUGAUCGACAGUAGCAACAGGAGAUAGGAAUUAAACUAAAGUAAAACAUAUUAGAAGCAUCUUGAUGGAUGUUAAAACACAAGAACAAUAUAACUUUGGUUUAUAUUAUUAGCAUUUGUUGGACACACAAACGCAAAAUGGAUGCUUCACUCUUCCAAGUUCUGACACUCUGCUGGAUAUUUUGUUUUUUAGCCAGUGACUUUUACCAAGUGACUACUGGAUUUAACAUUGACUUAAAGCAGCCUAUGGUUUAUGAGACACGAAUGAGUAGUUACUUUGGAUAUGCCGUAUCACUACAUAAAAAUGGAAAUGACGCUUGGCUUCUCAUAGGGGCCCCUCGUUAUCGAACUGACCAAGAUCGAAUAAGUAAUGGCGGAAGUGUAUUCAGGUGUAGCCCCGAUCGGGAGAAUUAUUGUGAAGAGAUAUCUUUUGAUAAAACUGGAAAUGAACAAUUAACGGACUAUCCCAAAUAUAGUGAAGAAAAAUCAAACCAAUUUAUGGGUGCAACUGUUUAUAGCUCUGGAGUAAAUGGCAAAAUAGUUGCGUGUGCCCCAAAUUAUCGACGCUAUGACAACGAGUCUGAUUAUCCAGUUGGAAUAUGUUAUACAACAUCGAGUAACAUGAGAGAUUUUAAAAAGUUUUCCCCUUGCCGUGGUAAAUGGGGAACUCGAGGUCACUGCCAGGCAGGAAUAUCUGCCGUCAUAACACCUGGUUAUUCAUUAGCGCGACUCGUCAUGGGCGCAGUCGGAAGUUACUCAUGGCAGGGCCAAGUGAUCACCCAGGAUCUCUACUGGGAGUCUGACUACUCUGAAACUGACGAAUGUACUGAGGAAAAUGCUAACAUUAACGAAUGCAAUGGGACUGAUUAUAACUCGUAUAUGGGUUACUCCAUGGCUUUUGGCGAAUUCACAGGGGGUGGUACAACAGAUUAUGUCACUGGUAUUCCUAGGGGUGGAGGUCUAAAAGGACAGUUUGCAGUAUAUAACCAGCAGUUAAAACUACUCGCAAAAAUCACUGGUGAUCAGAUUGGGUCAUAUUUCGGAGCUUCUCUCGCAGUUAGUGAUUUCAACGAUGAUGGCUAUGACGAUAUCGCAGUUGGUGCCCCACUGUAUACCGAGGACUUUGGAAAAUUAGAAGAAACAGGACGUGUCUAUGUUUAUUACCAGGAUGAUAAUCACAAAUUCCCUUCACACAGUACAUUAAUUGGAUUCACAAGUGGCUCGAGAUUUGGCUUCUCACUUGCAGCAUUAAGUGACAUUAACAAUGAUAAGUUUAAUGACUUGGCAAUAGGGGCUCCAUAUGACGGUGGUGACAGACAGGGGGCUGUUUACAUACACCUUGGGUCUAUUAAUGGGCUAAAGGAAGAACACUCCCAGGUUAUCUAUGCAUCUUAUAUAGACCCCGGAAUUAAAGCUUUUGGUUGGUCUUUAGCUGGAGGGCUAGAUAUGGAUGGUAAUUUAUACCCAGAUGUCUUAGUAGGUGCAUAUGCUAAUGACAGUGCCGUCUUAUUAAAAACACGUCCAGUUAUUAAUAUCCAAAGUAAUGUGACACUUGAACCUGAUGUAGUAGACUUAGAAAAUAAAACUUGUCAAUUGUCAACUGGAGAAUGGGUGACGUGUAUAUCAGUCACUACAUGUGUCGCGUAUACUGGACUUGGGGCACCAACAUCACUUAAACUGGAUUUGAAUUGGAAUCUUGACCCCGAAACAAAUGUUUCUCGACUUAUGUUCUAUUCUGGUGAUGAAAGACAAACAAAAAUGAAUGUAGCUGUUCCUCUCAAUGACAAUGUAGCGUGGUGUAGGACAACAGAAACAUUCAUAAAAAAUAACAUACGGGAUAAAGUGACACCUAUAUCUGUGGAUGUGAAUUACAGCCUGGGUGAAUCUAUAUUAUAUACUCCUGUUGCAAAUUCACCAGGAUCCUCUCUAAUUCCAAUCCUGGAUAAUACAAUUGAAAACACUGCGAGAGGAUCAGCUGAAAUUCUAAAAAAUUGUGGUGAGGAUAAUAUUUGUAGUCCGGAACUUGUUGUCUCUGCACACGGUUUAACUGUAGAGCAUAUUCUGGGACAAAAUGAACCAAUUGAGUUACAUGUGGCUGUUGAAAAUAUAGGCGAGAAUGCUUUCCUCGCUCUGUUGACCAUAGAACUGCCACCGGGUACCAAAUACAGACGUAUAUAUGACGUAACUGCAGACACACCCAUCAGUUGUACACCAGUAGAAAUGGAAGAUAUGGACAUUGUUUCUUGCGAUAUUGGGAAUCCAUUGCCACGUAACCACAAAGCAGAGCUGAUAUUGAGUGUUGUUGUCGUUAAUGUUAGCAUCAUAGAGCACCUGACGUUUGAAGUAAUUGCUAAUAGUUCACAAGCUGAAGAAUCAAGUGAUAUACGUGUCCUUGUUGAUAUCCCUGUAGAUGUCGUUGCUAACAUUGAAAUAAUUGGAGUUUCUAAACCUGAGCAAGUUGUCUACAAUGCGACGCAGAUUAAGUACACACACCCUUCUGUUCAGAAACAAAUUGGCCCAAAAGUGACACAUUUAUUCGAAGUUCAUAAUUCUGGUCCGAGUGCUAUAAGCACAACCAAUGUUGAGAUUUUAUGGCCUAGUCAGUUUGAAGAUGGAGGCCAUUUGUUAUAUCUCACCGAGCUACCCAAAGUUAUUGUUGGUCGUGGGACAUGUACUGUUGAUACGGUUAACCCUGAGGAUAUCCCGGUGAAUAAAGUAGAUAGUGUCAAAUCCAAAUUUCGUAGGUCAGUAGAGGUAGAUGCCUCAAAAUUAGAGGAACAGUCACGUUAUCGUUUGAGUUGUGAAUCGACAUGGUGUACAAGGAUUGUAUGUGAUAUACAGGACAUGAAACAAGAUACCACCGCUUUAAUUCAAAUCCAUAGCCAUCUCUGGUUGGCAUCAUUCACUAAAGACCGGCUGCAGAGUAUGACUAUUAUAUCAAAAGCCGAAGCUUUGGUGGUAGAAAUGCCAUAUAAAAUAAAACCUCUUGUGUAUUCACAUGACGCUGACUCAGUCUCAACGUAUGUAAGCCCCAGUGGCUUUCAACCUGCAUCAAAAUCUGUAGAGUUAUGGAUCAUAAUCGUUGCUGCACAUGUUGGGAUCUUACUUCUUGUUAUUCUUGUAGUUAUUUUCUGGAAAUGUGGCUUUUUUAAGAGAACGCGAUAUCCAGAAUACCAAGGAGAAAUCAUACCAGAACAGGAAAAACUUAAUCCUGAUCCAGAGGCUGAUAUUAACAAAAAUUGUUGAGAUGAUUUGUUGGAUUGUUUCCAAAUGUUAACAGCUGUGUAAAAAUUGAAGUUAAUUUUGUUAGAGCCUAACAAAUUUUUCCCAUUCCUCAUAUAACAAACUUUGAAAAUCAAAUUGUAAUUACCAAAAUGUUCAUCAUACCCAUUUCCCCUAAUAAGAUUAACUUCAACUGUUGUCACAACCGUUGUCUCAACUGUUGACAAUUGGACACCAUUCCCCAAAUACUGUAAAUGUAAACUUGUCAUAAUUUUAUCAUAAAGCACAAAGGCCAAUAUCAGUAGAAAAACUUAAAGAGGCUCAAUUUUUUCUACUUUUUAUGGCUACUGUAUACUGUAAGUCAUGCUCAAUAAUCAUUGCCAUGGAGACUUCCUUAAUAUGGAGGCUUACAUCUCAGCAUAUUUCCAAAAUAAAUGUUAUUUUCCAUUUUGAGCCAUUAUAAUGUAUAUUUCAUUUGUAAAAAAAACAUUCAGUUUCAUUUUCUUUCUCUGUGCUAUAUUUUUGAAUACAUGCACUUAUAAUAUACUUUGAACAUUUCAUAUGUAAAUAGAAUUCAAAUGAGAAACUUGUACAAAUUGCUCAUAUAAUUUUGAUAUAAAAUUGUAACCAAGAUUUUAUACUUGUACAUGUAUUAUUUGACAUAAAUGAUUAAGCGGAAAUAAGAACAUGUAUGUUAUAACAUAAUAGGUUAUUUUGUUUCUGAAUACUUCUACCUG